CUGUCCGACGGACGGCAGCGGCGCGGCUAUCUGCAGGCUACCGCACCGCCGAACCUCCGCCUCAUGGGUCGCAGCGACAAGAAGGCUGAGAAGCUGCAGGUGAGAGAUGAUCACCAGCUUGAUGUCUCCAGGCUGCCUAGGGCGGCGCAGGUGGACGCCAGGCGCGCGGCGCACGGCGGCGUGGAGCGGCGGGCAGCCACCUUCACGGACCGCAGCCAGUUCAAGUACGCGCGCCGCCUGGUUGUGAAGCUGGGCAGCGCCGUCAUCACGCGCGAGGACGAGAACGGCCUGGCGCUGGGUCGGCUCGCCUCCAUCGUCGAGCAGGUGGCGGAGUGCCAGAUCGAGGGCCGCGAGUGCAUCAUGGUGACGAGCGGCGCCGUGGCGUUCGGCAAGCAGAAGCUGACCCAGGAGCUGCUCAUGUCGCUCAGCAUGAGGGAGACGCUGUCUCCCAAGGACCACACGCGCGAGGACGCGGGCACGCUGCUCGAGCCCAGAGCCGCCGCCGCCGUGGGCCAGUCCGGCCUCAUGUCGCUCUACGACGCCAUGUUCGCGCAGUACGGCGUCAAGAUCGCCCAGGUGCUGGUCACGAAGCCCGACUUCUACAACGAGGAGACGCGCCGCAACCUGUUCAGCACCUUGUCGGAGCUGAUCAGCCUCAACAUCGUGCCCAUCAUCAACACGAACGACGCGGUGUCGCCGCCGCCUCAGGCCGACGACGAUCUGGCCGGGGUACGUCACAAGAAGGUGAUCAGCAUCAAGGACAACGACAGCCUGGCGGCCAUGCUGGCGGCGGAGGUGCAGGCGGACCUGCUGAUCCUCAUGUCGGACGUGGACGGCAUCUACACCAGGCCGCCCUCGCAGGAGGGCGCGCGACUGCUGCGCACCUACACGCCGAGCGUCAACGAGAACGUGCAGUUCGGCAAGAAGUCGCGCGUCGGCACCGGCGGCAUGGACUCCAAGGUGGAGGCUGCCACGUGGGCGCUGGAACACGGCGUGUCCGUGGUCAUCUGCAACGGCAUGCAGGAGAAGGCCAUAAAGACCAUACUGGACGGCAGGAAGAUCGGGACGUUCUUCACUGACUCUUACAACGACGGCACUACGCCAGUGGACACCAUGGCGGAAAACGCCCGCAGCGGCAGCCGCGCGCUGCAGGGGCUGGCCGCGGAGGACCGCGCCGCCUGCAUCACCGCCCUGGCAGAGCUGCUGGUGUCGCGGCAGGACGCAGUGCUAGCCGCCAACGCGCGGGACAUCGCCGAGGCCACCAGGGCGGGGCUGGCGGCGCCCCUGCUCUCCAGGCUGUCCCUGUCGCCCGCCAAGCUCAAGAACCUCUCCUUCGGCCUGAAGCAGAUCGCCGAGAGCAGCCACCGGAACGUGAACCGCGUGCUGAGGCGCACCAGGCUGGCCGACGGACUGGAGCUCACGCAGAUCACCGUCCCCAUCGGCGUGCUGCUGGUCAUCUUCGAGUCGCGGCCCGACUGCCUGCCGCAGGUGGCGGCUCUGGCCAUGAGCUCGGCCAACGGGCUGUUGCUGAAGGGCGGCAAGGAGGCGGCGCACAGCAACAAGGCGCUCAUGGAGCUGGUGAAGGAGGCGCUAGCGACCGUCGGCGUCGGCAACGCCAUGGCGCUCGUGUCGACGAGGGAGGAGAUCAGCGACCUGCUCGCCAUGGAGCACCACAUCGACCUGAUCAUCCCGCGCGGCUCCAGCGAGCUGGUGCGCAGCAUCCAGGCGCAGAGCCAGCACAUCCCGGUGCUGGGCCACGCCGAGGGCAUCUGCCACGUGUACGUGGACAGCGAGGCCGACGCGGAGAAGGCGCUCAAGAUCGUCAGGGACUCCAAGUGCGACUACCCCGCCGCCUGCAACGCCAUGGAGACCCUGCUGAUCCACGAGGACCUGGUGAAGGGCAGCGGCUCCUUCUUCGAGCAAGUCUGCAACAUGCUCAAGAAGGAAGGGGUGACGAUCUACGCGGGUCCCAACCUGUCCAAGCAGCUGACGUUCGGCCCGCCGCCGGCCAAGCUGCUGAGGAUGGAGUACAGCAGCCUGGAGUGCACCGUGGAGACGGUGGCCGGCCUGGCGGAGGCGGUCGCGCACAUCCACACCUACGGCAGCAGCCACACUGACGUCAUCGUCACCGAGAACCAGCUGAAGGCGGCCGAGUUCCAGCGACAGGUGGACAGCGCGUGCGUGUUCGUCAAUGCCAGCUCUCGCUUCGCAGACGGCUACAGGUUCGGACUGGGUGCUGAGGUGGGCAUCAGCACAGCGCGGAUCCAUGCGCGUGGGCCUGUGGGCGUGGAGGGCUUGCUGACCACCAAGUGGGUGCUGCGAGGAGACGGACAUGCCGCCUCGGACUUCAGCGAAGGCGGACUUCAGUUCACCCACGAGAGCCUGCCACUGUAGUGGCGCUACACUUCAGGAGUCCUCUCAUUGCUGACUGCGACCUCCUCUUGCUUUCCUCAUUCUGUCUAGCAAGAACUUGGACUGGAGUCAACAUGAAGCGAAUAAAAACACAGGCGGGCCCAGAGUGUUUGAAGUAAAAUACCAAGUGAAGCUGUCGUAACUAAAUCUCUUGACUGCACUUUAGAACAGACGACUCCGGAGUUCUUAAGUUAUUGUAAUAGGCUGCGGACUUAUGAAAAAUCACCCCAAGAUAAUAUAAUUUCUUCAAUUUCAAACAUUUAUACCUUUGGUAUUAUUACUAGGUGUGUCUAAAGCAUGGGCAACAAGUAAUUCCACCUUCAAAAUGGAUCAUACACUCCAGUCCAGCUUUUCAACAGGACUAAAAUAUCUCCUUCUCCUGGUUAGCUCCAGUCCGAAUGUGUUCAGGACAAAUUUUGAGGUGUUAGGGAGUGAAAGUUUACUUCAUACAUAUUGUGUAUUACCUCUCUUCCCUGCCACAGAAACUCAUCCCACUCCUUCUCUUGCAAUAUUGGUAGUAGUUCCCCUUCUCUUUCAGUCAUUCUAUUAACUCCUACAUCUCCAACCCUGCUCAUUCAGCCUCGUCUUCCUUAUUUUCCUGAACGGAUCGUUCGUACUUCUCUCACCUUCCUGCCUUGAGACUACCCACUACAACUCCUCUUACUCGCAGCUACUGGCCGAAACCGAUUUUCAAUGAAUUUUUCACUUCUACCUGCUGCAGUGUUGUUUGCGAAGUCUUUUGUGCAAACAACACACAGUCUCCAGUUCUACAAUGACUGCAGAUCUAUGAUAUUUAAACCAGUUAUCCUUGAAGCCCCUUUACUACUGAUGACUGGAGCAACAGUCUCAGCCACUGAAUUCCACCGGUUUUGCACGACAUAGUGUGAAGUAGCGCAGGGAAAUAUGAGGCAAGAACUAAGCCACUAAAUUAAUGACGAUAAAUAUUUUUUUGUAAAAAUUACCGAUGUAUGUGUGUAAAAUGUUAAGUUUCAUAAAAAGUUACUUUUUACAA